CAUAUCAUAAAAAAAUAUGAAACAAUCACUCUUGCUAGUUGUUGCUGUUUGUUCCGUGAUGGCAAUGUUAUUGUCAUCAUUGGCCGUGGCACAAACUGAAAAGGAUCAUCUCGUUACAACUCUCCCUGGUUAUAAGGAUGGUAGAACACCACUUCCAUUCAAAUCAUAUACUGGUUAUUUAUUGGCAAAUCAAACUAGAGGCCAUUACUUGUUUUAUUGGUUUUUUGAAGCUCAAACAAAUAGUGACACAGCUCCUCUUGUUUUCUGGACAAAUGGUGGACCAGGCUGUUCAAGUCUUGGAGGAGAAGCCAGUGAACAUGGAUUUUUACUUGUCAAUGCUGAUGGUGCUACUUUGAGAGAAAAUCCAUACAGUUGGAAUAGAAAGGCCAAUAUGUUGUACAUUGAACAACCUAUUGGUGUUGGUUUCAGUUAUUCAAAUCAUACUUCUGAUUAUGGAGUUGUCAAUGAUGUGAUGGCUGCUUCUGAUAUGGCUAAUGCUUACAGAGAUUUCAUUAAGAGAUUCCCAAAGUUUUUGAAUAGAGAUGUUUAUUUGUCAGGUGAAUCUUAUGGAGGAGUUUAUGUUCCAACUACUGCAGCUGAAAUUAUUCAAGGAAACCAAAAUGGACAAGUCCCAUACAUUAAUUUGAAGGGUAUUUUAGUCGGAAAUGGUGUUACAGAUGCUGAGGCUGACGCAAAUAGCAUUCCACCAAUGAUGAAAUAUCACAGUUUGAUCUCUAUCAAGUAUUACGAGCAAGGUUUUGCUGCAUGCAAGGGUGAUUUCUUUAACAAUCAAAAUGUUCCAGCUUGUGCUCAAUUUUUGGACCAAAGUAACAAUGUCAUGGGUAAUAUUAACCCAUACUACAUUUAUGACAGCUGUCCAUGGUUGGGUAUUACUUCUCAAAAAGCCAAGAUUUCAUUCCAAGAAAAGAAAUUCAAUGUUUUGAAUGAACAAGGAAAGAAAGUCGAUGUUCAUCCACUUUUCCAAAUGUACAAACAUGGUGGUUGGUCAAAGAGAGUUGCAUUGCAAUCAAAUUCUAAGGUUAGAAUGGAGUCUGACAGUCCAUGUGUUCCAAAUCAAUCCAUUGCUAAAUAUUUCAAGAGAUUGGAUGUCCAAAAAGCCCUUGGUAUUCAACACGGAACUGUUGAUCCAAAUGGUUGGGAUAUCUGUACCAAUGCCAUUAAUUAUACUCAAGUUUAUCCAAGUAUUCUUCCAUUCUAUACAAAGUUGUUGCAACACAUUAGAAUUCUUGUUUUCUCUGGUGAUGUAGACAUGGUUGUUAACUCUUACGGAACUCAAGCUGCUAUUGAUAAAUUGCAAUUGCAAGAAACUUCAUCUUGGAGAACUUGGGAACAUGAAACAGUUACUGGAACAGUUGUUGGAGGAUAUAUCAGAAAGUUUGGACCAGGCGGAAAGAAUGGACAAGGAUUGACCUUUAUUACCAUUAGAGGCGGUUCUCACAUGGUUCCUAUGGUGAAACCAGAAGCUGCUCUCACCUACUUUACUAAAUUCUUGGAUGGUGAUUGUUGUUAAAUAAAGUUAAACAUUUUAUUGAGAUGAU